UCCACGAUGGUUGAUCUCUCGCGAAAGGGGCAAGACGUGGACCUAAACGCUGUGAAAUCGGCGGCGUGCAGGAAAUACGGGCUCUCGAAGGCGCCGAAGCUCGUCGAGAUGAUAGCAACGUUGCCGGAAUCGGAGAAGGAGGCGCUGCUGCCAAAACUCCGGGCUAAGCCAGUUCGCACGGCGUCUGGGAUUGCCGUGGUGGCCGUAAUGUCGAAGCCUCACCGCUGCCCGAAUAUUGCAACCACGGGGAAUAUAUGCGUGUAUUGCCCGGGCGGCCCCGAUUCCGAUUUCGAAUACAGCACGCAGAGUUAUACUGGAUAUGAGCCUACUAGAAUGAGAGCUAUUAGGGCUAGAUACAACCCAUAUGUCCAGGCAAGAAGCAGGAUCGACCAGCUUAAGAGAUUGGGUCACAGUGUUGACAAGGUCGAGUUCAUCUUGAUGGGUGGUACUUUUAUGUCAUUGCCUGCAGAGUACCGUGAUUAUUUUACCAGGAAUCUCCAUGAUGCUUUAUCGGGGCACACUUCUGCUAAUGUUGAAGAAGCUGUAUCUUACUCCGAGCACAGUGCAAUAAAGUGUAUUGGGAUGACAAUUGAGACGCGGCCAGACUAUUAUUGCCUGGGACCACAUGCUAACGAGGGGUGGGAAACUUUUCUUUCAUAUGAAGACACUCGCCAGGAUAUACUUGUUGGGUUGCUGCGUUUGCGGAAAUGUGGAAAGAAUGUGACUUGCCCAGAGCUUAUGGGGAAGUGUUCAAUUGUCCGCGAAUUGCAUGUUUAUGGGACUGCAGUUCCUGUUCAUGGACGAGAUGCUGAUAAACUGCAGCAUGAAGGUUAUGGUACACUAUUAAUGGAGGAGGCAGAAGGAAUUGCUACGAGGGAGCACAGAUCGACAAAGAUAGCUGUUAUUUCAGGUGUAGGAACAAGGCAUUACUAUAGAAAAUUGGGGUACGAGCUUGAAGGUCCGUACAUGGUGAAAUACCUCAAAUGAAAAAACACUAGUGCAACGCAACACCGGGCUUUUGUUUGUGUUUGAUAUUGAAAUAUAUAUAGAUAUGGCUUGAUGGAA